CUGCGCGAAACCAAUUGGGGCAAAAUGGCCAAGCCUCAUGCCAUUUAGCAUCGACUUUCUCCCCGCAUUCUGGGACGGGCACCAAGUUGCGAACGAUACUUGUACUGUACUGGAUGAUUUGCGGAACGGGCAUUUUGCUCUCUUGUUCGUGUUUCAUAAAAGGCACGGCCGUCCAAGUCCCAGGCCGGAGCUGAUGCUGGGUCCCCGCAUAAUAACCAGUCGCCAAUCCGUCGGGUCCCCGUUACGUUUACCCCCUGAGCCUCGUCUCUCUCUCCUUGAAUCGUGCCCGGAUAUUUCAGCAAGUCUCCAUCUUUUACGGGCAGAAGGGCAAGCCAAAGGUGGAUUCCGCACGAACGAAAAUAUGGCAGCCGAAGCCGACGGUCAAGAACGGGAUCGCCCUGAGCCUCUCGUCGCGUCAUUGAUGCACCGCAGCGAAACGCCAGACACGGAGCACGCCCGCCCACGGAAACGGACCCGUAGGGCUUGUGAUAAGUGCAGUGCCUCGAGGACGCGAUGCGAUGGAGAAUGGUAAGUCUGAUGUUGUGGCUGGAGCUCCUCAUCGUUGAUAUCUGACUGAGAUUUGUGCCCGCGUGCAGUCCUUGUCGCCGUUGUGAAGACUACGGAUACACCUGUCGUUACAAUCGCGAAGUCAAGAAGCGAGGUCGACUACCAGCCUCAGCCACGGCCAACAACCACAACACCAACGGCAGCAGCAUCAAUGCCCGAAGAGACUCUUGGCCUCAAUCACAUCGACGAGGCAGCAUUCGAAACGAUU